UCCCCGUGAGGCGACCCACCCAGCGCAUCCAGUGUCCCAGUAGUACGCUCUGUGCUCUCUCGUGUACACGGCCGGUCGAGAGUGGUGUCCUUUCGAUACGCGAAGUUGAAGUCGUUCCGUAAAAAAACGUACUCAAUAUCUCUGCGGUUUUUGGUUAACACACAUACACAGUGCGUCGUCGAUCUAUACACAACACGACAGAAGAUCGCCCGGGGGGGGAAAAAGUCGCCAUCGUCCUGAACCGGGAACGAGAAUAAGUACUCGAGGCACGGGAAUUUAAAAAAGAAAAGGAAGAAAAAGGGUCAGUCGGCGAGGAAAGGAUGAAGAAGGGGAUGCUGGUGGUCGGAUUGCUGGCCGUUCUGACGGUUUGCUGUCGGGGCGCACAGGCGGUGUCGGAGAGGCUCGAGUUGGCGCCAGCUGGAGGAAGAUCAGAGCCGCAGGUUGCCACGUUAUGCGAGGUCGGAGAGGUGUAUCUGGCGCAGCACAUGGGCGAACAGGGUCGUUGGGUUUCUUCGACGGACAAGAAGAGCUGCAUGACGGACAAGCUCGAGAUCCUCGAAUACUGCAAGAAGGCUUAUCCGAAGAGAGACAUCACCAACAUCGUUGAGUCGUCCCACUAUGUGAGGGUCAGUGGAUGGUGCAAACCAGGAAGAACCAAAUGCAAAUUGUCCCGAUGGGUCAAGCCGUACAGAUGUCUGGAGGGGCCGUUCCAAAGCGACGCGUUACUUGUCCCGGAAGGCUGCCUCUUCGACCACCUUCACAAUCAGACGAAAUGCUGGGAAUCUCACAGGUGGAACGCAACUGCCGCGGACACGUGCCGGGAGAGGAACAUGAAUCUGAGGAGUUUCGCGAUGUUGCUGCCCUGCGGGAUAUCGUUGUUCUCCGGUGUCGAAUUCGUGUGCUGCCCGAAACACCUGAAAGAAAAUGUGAAACCGAAGAAGCCGAUCGACCUGCCGAUUCCGAAGGGUGUGGACGAUGACCUUGACGAGGACGAAGAUGAUCUCGAUGACGAGGAUGACCUCGACGCCGACGCGGAUGACGAAGAUGACUCCGAGGCGGAUCCCGAGGACGUGCUUAGCGAUCAGCCUAACGACGACGAGAGCGACGAGGAAUACCUCGACGAUUACGACACCACGACAAGUCGAUUAUCAACGACAAUUUCAACAACGGAGAAACCGAAACAGGAUGUGACAGCGAUGCCAUUGCCAGUUAGCACCAGCACUCAGCAAUCGUCCCAGUCGCAGAGCACGCCUGAUCCAUACCUAACGCACUUUGACCCACGCUCCGAGCACCAGAGCUACAAGCAAGCACAAAUGAGACUGGAAGAGGUGCACAAAGAGAAAGUGACAAAAGUGAUGAAGGAUUGGAGUGAUCUUGAGGAGAAGUAUCAGGACAUUCGUGCUCACGACCCGACCGCCGCCGAUGCUUUCAAGAGAUGGAUGACUGCACGAUUCCAGGAAACAGUUGCUGCUUUGGAGGAGAGUGGUGCCGCAGAGAAGCACCAGUUGAGCGCUAUGCAUCAGCAGAGAGUACAAGAAGCUGUUAAACAGAGGAAUGAAGAAGCGAUGUCGUGUUACACUGCUGCUUUGAAUGAGACUCCUCCGAACAUGCAUCGCAUUCAGAAGUGUCUGCAGAAACUGCUCCGAGCUCUUCACAAGGACAGACACCAUACUAUAGCCCACUAUAAACACCUGCUGGACAGUAGCCUCGAGCAAGCGCAACGCGAAAAACCGUCGACCUUGGAACACUUGGCGGAGAUUGAUAGAAUCACCAAUCAGAGCCUGUUGAUGUUAGAACGGUACCCUGAUUUAAGCGCAAAAAUUGGCCGGCUUAUGGAUGAUUACGUUUUGGCCCUCAGGAGCAAAGAUGAGACUCCUGGACUGCUGUUAGCGAUGACACGCGAAGCGGAAGCAGCUAUUUUAGACAAAUAUCAGGCUGACGUCACCAGCAAACAACAAGAGAAAGAGCAUCAGAAGCAACUCGAACGGGCACGUAAGGAGCAACGCAAAGCGGAACGCGGCGAAUUACGUACCGAGCAGGCGCAACAGGAAGAGAAUGAUUCGAUAAACGACAACAAAGAUACUCAACAACAACCAGAACAACCCUCGGCAGUAGCCGCUAUGCACAGUGAGGGACUCGUUAGAGCAGCCCACAGUAUGACUCACGACAUUUCACACUCUGAACCGGGUUACUCAGUGAGAAGGGAAGUCUACCGCAGGGAGAGUACAUCAAUCUACUUCACACUAGCGUUUGCGGGUAUCACCCUCAUGGCUGCUGCAGUGGUCGGUGUGGCUGUAUUCAAGAGGCGCAGUGCAAGAAGCCCUCACAGUCAGGGUUUCAUCGAAGUCGAUCAAGCGGCCACACCAGAGGAGCGACACGUCUCGAACAUGCAGAUCAAUGGAUAUGAAAAUCCUACAUACAAAUACUUCGAGGUUAAAGAUUAA